UAAUGAGAUAAGAUGCCAUCACUGAUGAACUUAGUAAGACCAUAUUUGCAGAGUUCUUUCGCUUUUCUCUCUUGCCUUUCGUUUCUAAGUCCAAAGUUCAAAAAAGCUACUACAGUUAAGAAAAUCAUCAACAAUAAUUUAAAUUAAAAUAGUCUUUAGAAAUAUGGGUGAACUUCAAGCAGGCGUAUCGCCUUUCAAGACGAAAAACACUUAUGAUGAUAAUCUCAAGGUCUGGAGUGGUGGCGAAGGGCGGAGCUUAUUCUCCCCGGAUCUGUCCAUCGGAGAGAUUAUCUUCCGGCAAAUGGAACUUCAUCCGAAUCUUACUGCACAGAUCUCAGUUACGGAGGGCACAGUGCUGACCUGGGAAGAACUGCAUAUGAACGCCAUGCGAAUUGCCAGUUAUAUGCGGGAAUUCGGUUUGGAGCAAGGUGACUUUGUUGGAAUAGUUGGCAGGCUAACCACUCACUUGACGGCUCUGGCUUAUGCCUGUUUCUUCAAUGGAACCCCAUAUCAUGCGCUUCAUACUACGUACGAAAAGUCAUGCAUCGAAAGGCUAUUCGGAAUUACUACGCCAAGACUGAUCUUUUGCGAUGGAGAUGACUAUGAAAAGGUCAAAGAAGCUUCAAAAAACCUUCAGGUACGGAUAGUUACCAUGCGGAAUCAUCCAAAAGGAUCACUUACGAUCCAUGACAUCUUGAACACAUCCGUGGUCCAGAACUUUAAACCAGUCCGUUUGAAAGAUGGCACUGAUCAAAUACUGGCCGUUCUCAGUUCUUCCGGGACUUCGGGACUUUCAAAGGCAGUCACCACCAGCAAUAGUCACCAGAUUAUUGGAAACUUUCUUCCCGUGAACAGUUCAAUGGUUAGCUAUAACCCAAACACAUUAGAUUGGGCAUCGGGAAUCCAAAUGACCAUCAAUGGUGCAGUGUUUAGCAUGACGAGCGUUAUUGCAGACACCGACUUCGAUCCUGGUUUUUUGUGUGGCCUCAUUAAAGAGUAUAAAAUUUCCGUAGUCUUCAUAAGUUCUUGCCAGUUGGCUAUGCUGGCCAACUGUCCUGAAUUCGAAUUGGCUGACUUUUCUUCUGUAAAGUACUUCUUUUACGGUGGAUCAAACUGUUCAUUGGAUGCCCAGCACAAAGUACGUAGUCGUCUUCGCCCCGACUGCUUUAUUUUUAGUUAUACUCUAACAGAGUUAAACGGUCCCGGAUGCUUAAACUUUAACUUCGAUGAGAAACCCAACUCAGUGGGUCGUCCGGUUAUGGGCAUUAAAGUAAAGAUAAUCGACGAACAGGGCAAGGCUCAAGGACCUAAUAUUGUUGGUGAGAUCUGUUUAACUCAUGGCCGGAAAUGGUGCGGUUACUAUAAGAAUCCAGAGGAAACUAGAAGGAUGCAGGACACCGAGAAUUGGUUUCACACUGGAGAUUUAGGUUACAUGGACGAUGACGGAUAUCUCUUUAUUAUUGAUCGACUAAAGGACAUGCUAAAGUAUCAUACAAUUAUGUAUUAUCCCAGCGAGAUAGAAAAUGUAAUCGCUGAAAUGCCAAAUGUAGUUGAAGCUUGUGUCUUUGGCAUUUGGGAUCCAGUGAAUGGAGACAAGGCAGCUGCUUCAGUGGUCAAGAAACCUGGAACCCUACUCGAGGCCCAGGACGUUGUAAACUACGUAAAGAAACGUAUCACUGCGAAGUUUAAGCAAUUAAAUGGAGGAGCUUUAAUCGUGGAUCACAUAGUUAACAGUGGUAAUAGAAAAGCAAAUAGAGCAGCUACCAAGGCUGAAUUUUUAAAAACUAUGGAAAAUAAUAAUUUGUAGACCAUUUUAAUGUUUUGCAUGUCUAAAUUAAUUUAUGAUUUUAUGUAUUGUAACUAAAUAUGUAUUUGUUUAAAAGCUGAAAAUAAAUUUGUUAAGAAAUUGUUCUAUAAAUCA